CUAGCACCGCCCUCGUGUCAGCCUCAUAGAAAGUCGUCAGAUGGGACCUAAAUGUUUUACUGGCAGUCGCCUGUAACGCAUAGCCGCUGCGUGACUCGACUCUCUGCCCUCUCCGUCUGAUCCAGAGCCUUUUACGCACAGAUCCUUUUUUUAGCUAACAAAUAAGGACAAAUAAAGAGGACAGGACAUGUUUGGGAUGUGGAAGGGACUCACCGGGCUGUCCACAUGUUGCUGUCUGUUGAUGCUGAUUCAUUUUUCGCCCCAAGCAGAUGCAGCCGUCACAUGCAGCUCCACUCAGUUCAAGUGUGGAAAUGGGAGGUGCAUUACCAGGAGGUGGAUUUGUGAUGGCACCGACGACUGUGGUGAUGGAACUGAUGAACUUCCUGCAACAUGCACAACCAAAACAUGUCUGCAGUCGGAGUUCAAUUGCGGCGCACCCACCAACCAGUGUAUACCAGGAGCCUGGCACUGUGACGGCAAAGCUGAAUGUGACAACGGCGCUGACGAGAAAAACUGCACCGCCAAACAAUGCAGAGCUGGCGAGUUUCGCUGCGCCAAUGGCCAGUGUUUAUCCCCCACCUUCGUUUGCGACGGCGACAACGACUGUUCAGACGGCUCAGAUGAGGCUUCCUGCCCCAAACGCACAUGCAGCUCUCAUUCCUUUCAGUGUAACAACUCAGUGUGUGUGCCGGCCCUGUGGAGCUGCGAUGGAGACAAGGACUGUGCUGAUGGGUCGGAUGAGUGGCCACAGAACUGUGUGGGACGGCAGCCGCAGAUUACAGCUGUGCACUGCGGCGUCCACGACUUCCAGUGUGAAAAUGGGGAGUGUAUCCACAGCAGCUGGAGGUGUGACGGAGGCAUUGACUGCCAGGAUCGAUCAGACGAGGUCAACUGCAGUCGUCCUACAUGUCUUCCAGAUGAGUUCCAGUGUAAUGACGGUGCCUGUAUCCAUGGCAGCCACCAAUGUGACAAAGAGCCCAACUGCAGGGACCUCAGUGAUGAGAUUGGCUGCCACAUAGUAAAUGUGUGUGAAGGCCCCACCAAGUUCAAGUGUCGCAGUGGGGAGUGUAUCAGCAUGGAGAAAGUGUGUGACAAACAGAGAGACUGCAGGGACUGGUCUGAUGAACCUGUCAAAGAGUGCAACAACAACGAGUGUUUGACUGGACAUGGUGGAUGCUCCCAUUACUGCAACGACCUGAAAGUUGGCUACAACUGCUCCUGCCCUCCUGGAUACAGCCUGCAGAUUGACAAGAAAACCUGUGAAGACAUUGAUGAAUGCGCUGAGCCGGACACUUGCAGUCAGAUCUGCAUCAACCUGCCCGGCAGCUACAAGUGUGAUUGUGAGAAGGGUUACGAAAUCAACCCUGUGAGCAAGACCUGCAAGGCUGAAUCAGGCACUGUACCUACCCUCUACUUCACCAAUAGACACGAGGUGAGGACAAUAACGGUGGACCGCAAGGAAUACGUUCGUCUGAUCCCCCAGCUGAAGAAUGUGGUGGCUUUGGACAUUGACAUGCCUAACAAGAUGAUCUUCUGGUCUGACCUAUCUCUAAAGAAAAUUUACAGCUCCAAGAUAGACGUGGCCGGUAACUCCUCUUACCAUUCUGUAGUAAUUGGCAGUGGGAUUGAGGCCCCAGAGGGCAUUGCGGUGGAUUGGAUCCAUGGCAACAUCUACUGGACUGACAGCGUUUUGAAGACUAUCUCUGUGGCAACGACAGAUGGCAGUAAGCGGAAAGCCCUGAUCACAAAUAACCUGGAGAAGCCAAGAGCCAUCACAGUCGACCCUGUAAAUAACUUUAUGUACUGGACAGAUUGGGGUGACGAGGCUAAGAUAGAGAAGAGUGGGUUGAAUGGAGCGGGUCGCCUUGCCUUGGUAACAGAUAACAUUGUGUGGCCCAAUGGCAUCACCCUGGACAUGGUCAACCAGCGUCUCUACUGGGUGGACUCCAAGAUGCACACUCUGUCCAGCAUUGAUGUGAAUGGGGGGACACGACACAGCCUCAUUUUUAGCGAGGAAAAGCUCUCUCAUCCCCUCUCUCUGACUGUCUUUGAGGAGAAAGUGUUUUGGACAGACAUGACCAACAGUGCUGUAUUUAGUGCCAACCGCCUGACGGGGAAGGACAUCACUCAGCUGGCGACAAACCUGGUCCAGCCAGAGGACAUCGUAGUGUACCACAACCUCAAGCAGCCAAUUGUUACAAACUGGUGCAGAGAGAGUAACAGUAUGAAUGGAGGAUGUGAGUUUCUGUGCCUUCCUGCUCCUCUUGUCAACCAGCACUCUCCUAAAUACACCUGUGCCUGUCCUGACCACAUGGCCAUGGGAGCUGACAUGAGGAAAUGUGUGACAGCAGUCUCAGUUGCCCCUCCUGCUGAAAACAAAACCGGUGCACCGCUCGCGCCCAAAGCUCCCACCAAGCAUGCUCCAACCAGGCUGCCGGUCCCCACCACUACUACAACUACAACCACCAGAGCUAACAAAAAACUCACAACUACCUCAUCGAGCACAGAAGAGCCUGCUGCCACUGCUCAAGGUAAAAGAUUGGCAGCUUUUCCCAAAGAAGCCCCUUCAUCCCACCCUAUUGCUCUCUACGUUGUGUUGCCGAUACUGGUCAUGUCCCUGCUGAUCUUUGGAGCAGUGUUGCUUUGGAGAAACUGGCGUUUGAAGAACACCAACACCAUCCACUUUGACAAUCCAGUGUACCAGAAAACCACAGAGGAUGAGCUACACAUCUGCAGGAACAGCUGUGAGGGCUACGUUUACCCUCAGAGGCAAAUGCUAAGCAUGGAGGAUGUGGAUGUUGCGUGACCCAAAGAUGAAGAAGACACUAGCUUUGUUUAAAGGGUUUUAUUUUCAAUUAAAAAUGAAGCAACGAAGGCAAUUUUUUUCUAUUGCUGCUGCUUAACAGCCUUCCCCCCGUCUGCCCCUAUGAGCUCAUUUUGUGGCACAUGCUUCUGACCUCACCACUGUGCCGUCUAACUUGAAGAAAGAAGAAAAAAAACUUGAGUAUGACAAAACAGAGCUGAGCUGGAAGAAGCCAUUUAGUCAGACCACAAAAUGGUUUCAAACUGAAGGACUAAUGCAUGGUUUCAGCAGCCAGAGCCUUGACUCAUUUGAAGCUAUUGAAAAAGCAAAUUACUUUGCCCCCAACACAUCCCUCCCUCAGUAUGUUGAUAGGGCUACUCACCUAACACGUUCUGCAAGUUCAACUUGAAAAGCCUGACCUACACUGUCUUAACACUUGUGUGUGCCUUCCAUCCAUACUCUGGUAAUUUAGCAAAGUUUAUUGGAUGUACAUAAAUGCCUUACUGACCCAAUUACCUUCCAAACCAGUUCCUGGGGUAGUUAAUGUUAGAACUUUAGCCCCAGCCAGUUAUGACCUUUAUGGGAAUACUGCGGCCUUCUCUUCUUUUGCGUAAAGAGUUACACAUUCAGUUGGUUCCCAUAUCAGAGCCAUUUGUCUUUGCCAUCCAUUAUGUCUCACGUGUCUCAAAAAGUACGUAAAAAAGUAUGUUAUUUUCCUUUUUCUUUUUGUGACAUCUUCAAACUAUGUAUCUACUGUACGAGUGGAGAGUAACAUAUGGUUUACAUUGUAAAUGAAAAAGCUGCUGAGUUAUUUGAAGUCAACCAAAAUGAAGAAGAAAAUUCUAUUUUAACUGAAGAUAGUUAAGUUAACAGUGAUUUUAGGUGAUUAUUGAUGUAUCAUAACACUGUAAAUAGUUUCUGUAUAUAUACUUGGUAAACGUCUCUGAAGUUC